AUGGCCUCUAUGAUUGUGGUGGUGGCAUGGUUGGAUACUUUUGUCAAUUUUGUGUUUCCACUGCUACAAAAGAAGCCGCUCAGCUCUGCUCUGGUGUGGAAUGAUUACUGCGUUAUAAGGUACUCAAAUGAGGACUUCUUUGGGAAAGCUUUGACAUACCCAACAUGGCAUACUGUUGGAACAAAAAACGUAUCUAACAAAAGACUCUCAAAAUUUUCUGGUCAAGGUUCGGAGAAGUUCAAUAAUGAAGUAAUGUUUAUAGCUAAAUUGAGGCAUCGCAACCUUUUCAUUCCAACUACAUUAAUCCUUGAUUCAGGAGUAACCCGACCACCACCACUUUUGAGUGAAGCUGAUUUGCUGAGUUGUAUGGACAAGGAGGGUAUUGGUACUGAUGCUACAAUGCAUGAUCACAUCAAGAAGCUGCUUGAUCGAUUUUAUGCAACUAAGGAUGCCAACACUCGUUUCACACCAACUAAUCUUUUCUGUUUAGAAGAGUUAUUAUACAAGGUUACUAGGUAG